GCUUCUUUGAUGAUGGUCAUAUAAUGAUUCUUUGUAUGAUUAAAAAACAAGCUAUUAAACUUUAUGAAGCAAAAUAUUUUCAAAUAGAUUUGACUUAUAAACCUGUACAAGUAUUAAUGUAUGCUAGAAUUUUUACAAAUAUUUCUGAUGCAAAUGCAUAUAAGCAAAUAUUUGUAAUUAUAAUUGAAGCUAUUAUAAGCUUAACAAAUAUGUCAGUAAAGAUUAAACAUAUACAUAAUGAUAGCUGGAGUUGUAUCUUAGGUGACUUGGAUCUUGUACAA